AUGACUAUCGCCCUUGAGCUGAAGUUGUACGAACUUUACAACGAAGAGUUCAAUAUCAUUGACGGCUGCACCUUUGCCGCUAAGACUGUCUCGCCGCCCAUAGGAGGUCGAAGUCUGGUGCCCACCGAUGUCUUGAAUGUUGUCGGUGCUAUAGAUCUGCUGAGCACGUGUGGUGACCAACCAAUAAGUUUCAAGUCCCUCAUAGGUCUUCCAUUGUGCUCAGUAUGGAGAAAGAGCGAUAUCGGAGUAGGUAUACUUCAUGUAAUUCAGGCGCCCCGUCCCUGGAGCGCGAUCAAUCAAAGUGUUGCAAUGCUUUGUAUUUGA